AUGGCGGCGGGGCCGGCGGAAGCCCUGAAAUCCUUCGAGGAGAGAGCUUCCGAUGCCGAGGCACGGUUAGCAAAGCUGGAAGCCCUGCUGCUGAACAAAGAUGGCCCCUCUGAGGCAAGUUCAUCUGCCAUGAGAGAUCUUGAGUCAAAGCUUGACGCAACCACCAAAGAAUGUCUUGCUGAGAAGGAACAGAACCGGAAGCUGACCGUGGAGAACGAGAAGCUCCAGUAUCGUGUCUCCCAUCUCAUCCGGACAAUCAAAGAGGCGGAGGCAAGAUAG